UUAGUUACUUCCGUAGUUUUUAUUUAAGGAAAAAAAUAAGAAUAUUCUUUUUUAUAAUCAAUUUAAUAUUUAGUUUAAUAAAAAUAUAAUAUAUAUUUAUAUAAACUAAAUUAUUUUUCUAAGAUUUUAAGAAUCAUCUUAGUGAUACACGUAGCUACAAAAACAUACCGUAAUGUUUUAUUAUUAAUAUAUAGGGGAUUAAAUUAUUCUUUAGAUUAUCGCAACACCACAAUAGGAAACCAAUAUAAUCACAACCAUAUACUAAAAAAAAAUGUUUCUUUCAUAGUGGGGCGGAGAAAGUAAUUUAAACAAGCAAAUACGCUUUGCAAUUUAUUUAAUGGCACCACCACCAUUGUGUAGCACCUUUUAAACACUUAAAUUCUCCAUUUCAUCAGAUGUUUGUUGUAAUUUUAUUUUUUUGUCAAAUAUAUCUCCAACUCCAAACAACAAAGAAAUGGUGGUACUUGAUUUAGCUCCUAAAUCCUAAUCCAUAUUAGUACUUAGCCCUCCCAUACUAAUAGAAUAAAAUGGUAAGAUAAAUAAAGGAAUACGACCCUUUAUCAUUGGCGUGGCACGGCAUUAAUUUAAAUGCAUGAUAAUAACAUGACAUCAUAAUACUCUCUUCUUUACAUAUUAUAAAAUAGCUUAUCCAUUAUUUUCUUAGCAUUGUUUAAACUUUAAAAUAGUUAUUAGUUGUCCUUUAAUCAUUUUCGAUGUCACUAACCCUCAAAUACAAACUGAAUAGUCUAAAUAAUUGCCGGUUUGGGCGGCACCCAAUGGUGACCUGCCAAGUAGAGCAAGACUAACAACUUCAUUACCACUUUGCUAUAUAAACCUGAUCGAUCAUAAGCCACAAAUACACAUAAAGAGCUUGUAAUCAUCAAACAAACUCAAAAAAAUCGUAUUAACUAUUUCCAGGUCAAAAUGGUGAAGAUUGCAAUUGGAAGCUUGGGUGAUUCCUUUAGCGUUGCGUCUCUAAAGGCUUACUUAUCUGAAUUUAUCGCAACUCUUCUCUUCGUGUUUGCCGGCGUUGGCUCUGCUAUUGCUUUUGGCAAACUAACAUCCAAUGCGGCCUUGGACCCAGCUGGUCUUGUCGCUGUGGCUGUGGCUCACGCCUUUGCCCUUUUCGUCGGUGUGUCCAUAGCCGCCAACAUCUCCGGCGGACACCUUAACCCCGCCGUGACUCUCGGCCUCGCAGUCGGUGGUAACAUCACUGUCAUCACCGGUUUCUUCUACUGGAUAGCUCAGUGCCUUGGCUCAAUCGUCGCUUGUCUCCUCCUAGCCUUCGUUACUAAUGGCGAGAGCGUACCGACCCAUGGAGUAGCAGCCGGUUUAGGAGCGGUUGAAGGAAUAGUGAUGGAGAUUGUGGUGACAUUUGCUCUGGUGUACACAGUUUACGCCACCGCAGCUGAUCCGAAGAAGGGAUCGCUUGGAACCAUUGCUCCUAUUGCCAUUGGUUUCAUCGUUGGUGCCAACAUCCUUGCCGCCGGUCCAUUCAGCGGAGGCUCUAUGAACCCGGCCAGGUCAUUUGGACCAGCUGUUGUUAGUGGUGACUUCUCUCAGAUAUGGAUCUACUGGGUAGGCCCACUUGUCGGCGGUGCACUAGCUGGACUCAUCUACGGUGACGUCUUCAUCGGAUCCUACGCACCGGCUCCGACCACAGAAAGCUACCCUUGAUCACUCCUCUACAGUUUUUAUUUGUUUGGCUUCUUAAGCCACAGUAUUGGCUUUUUUGUUGUUGUUGUUGUUGUGUGGAAUGGUCCAGUUUCUUUCGCGUAUCAUAUGAAUGAUUGAAUGUGGUUGUCAGUUAAUAACAAAAUAUGUAUAUUUUCAGUUUCUUUAAAAGUGAUUACCGCUCGGAAGUUAUUGAAAAACUUUAUUUGAUAUGCUC